AUGGCGCCCUCGAGUUUGGGGGCUUUCGUAGAAAUCGAAAGCUCGCCUCAUGUCUCCAGCCCGCCACCUGCAGUACAAAAGAACAAUCAAGGCAUUGCACGGCGUCCGUCGGAUUACGAAUUGGAUGAAAUUUCGCUACAAAGGUCAUCUCACCUGCCUCCUGAACCGGCAGCACAACCGCCUACCGGUUCACCAUCGCCCACACCCAGCGUACUGGAGAAUCACUCACCAGAUGCCAAUGAAGACGAAGCCGCAGAAUGGGCCGCAGACCGCACCUCGACGUCCUCGAAGACCAAAUGGCGGCUGCUGAGCUGCUGUCUGAUCAACUUCGGGAACGGCAUGAAUGAUAGUGCCCCCGGUGCCUUGAUCCCGUAUAUCGAGAAGCAUUACGGCAUCGGUUAUUCCGUCGUCUCACUCAUCUUCGUGACCAAUGCCUUGGGAUUUAUCUCUGCAGCACCAGUCACGCAUGCCAUCGAAAAUAAAUUGGGCCGGUCCAAGAGCUAUACAUUUGCCAUGUCUCUUCUGGCCAUCAGCUACAUCGUUAUCAUCUGCCAGCCCCCGUUUGCUGUCGUUGUUGUCUGCUUCUUCCCGCUCGGCUUUGGCAUUGCGCUUAGCCUAGCCCUCAGCAAUGUGUACUGUGCCAACUUGGCCAAUUCCACCACGGCCCUGGGCUGUUUCUCUGGCGGUUACGGUAUAGGCGGUACAGUGGCCCCGUUAUUUGCAACUGCGAUGGCUUCCAAUGGGAUCCGUUGGUCCUUUUUCUAUUCAAUCACUCUGGCUUUCUCUCUCGUCAACUUGGGUUACUCCACGUGGGCAUUUUCCAAUUAUGAGAAGGAUACGUCGGCGGAGCCGCAGAGAGCGCUGCAGCCUACUGCUUCGCGUCCCGGGGGCGAAACUCCGACCCGGGCUCAGCUUGUCAAGAAGGCCAUCCGGAACCGUACCACACUCCUCGGUGCCCUGUUCAUCUUCGCCUACCAGGGUGCAGAGGUCUCCAUAUCUGGCUGGGUUGUCUCCUUCCUGAUCAGCUACCGGCAUGGAGACCCUUCUCGAGUCGGAUACGUGAGUGCAGGUUUCUGGGCUGGCAUCACCGCCGGUCGAUUCCUGCUGGUGUACCCUGCAGCCAAGAUAGGUCAUAAGAUCGCCGUGAUUGCAAUGGUGGCGGGUGCCGUAGCCUUCCAGUUACUGACAUGGCUCGUGCCAAAUGUCAUCGGAGAAGCAGUGUCGGUAGGAAUCUUGGGUCUUCUGCUGGGUCCUGUGUUCCCGUCCGCCACGGCUGUCUUCACAAAAUUGCUGCCACGCAGCAUGCAUAUUUCCAGUCUGAGCUUUAUUAGUGCCCUGGGCAGCAGCGGCGGUGCCGUGAGCCCAUUUUUCACCGGUAUUCUUGCCCAGAGCGUGGGGACGAUGGUGCUGCACCCGAUCUGUAUCGGUUUGUACGGAGUGAUGGCGACUAGUUGGCUGUUGCUGCCGAAGAUCUCGAAGAGAUCGGAGUAA